AGCACAAACUUUAUUUAUCUGUCUUUUUCACCCCUCCCAGAAAAAGAAGAAGAAGAAGAAGAUUCAAUUCCACUUUUGUUGUUGUUCCAAAUUUGUGUAAUUGUAAUCUUCUCUCCCUAAUCUUCUCGCCGCGCAUUCAUUUCCUUCCCUCCAUAAUCCAAGCUUCCGUUACAAGCUCUCUCCUUUUCUUUUUCUUUUUUGGAUUUUUCUUGUUUGAAUUUUCCAAAAAUAAAAUAAAUAAACAAAUUCUCUCAGAAGCAUUGAUUUUGCUGGAGGAUUUUGAAGGAGAGAUUUGUAGUUAUUGAUUAUGGCUGAUGUUGUGUGAGGGAGGAGGGGGAAGUGGUGUAUGAAGUCGGAUAUGCAGGGAGAUGUUUUGGCUGUUCAUCGGGGAGAUAGAAACCGAGAUGAUAUAUUAGGAGGAUACCCGAAGAAGAAGACGGAUGUUGAAGAUUUUAGGGAUGGAGAUGAAAAUGGAUGGACAACUUUGAGUAGGAAUACGUUGGACAUGGUUAAGGAAGGUAGGUUGUUGAAUGGAGAGGAAUUGAAUACAGCUUGCGAGGAGAAGGUAUCGGUAAGUAGAGACGAAGCGGGUACCUUGAGGAGUGAAGGACAUAAUGAAGAAUCUGGUUCAGGUUCACCCGAGAGGGAUGACAAUACUCUUAGUAGAGAGAUUAAAGAACUGGAUACACAAGUGGUAAAUGGUCAAGCUAAAGCAGAUUGUGAAAAUAGGGAUGAGAACAGAUUGUUGGAAAAGGAUGGUGAAGAUAUUUCGAGUUUGGUGCAUAGGGAAACAGAUGAUGAACCGCAGAGUCCAAGAUGUGAGACACAAGUUAAUGACACAUGUAUGAGAAAGAUGGAAAUGAGACAAGUUACAGGAGAGCAAGACUCUUCGCCGUGUACUGCAGAUGCAGUUAAAGCAGCUGGAGAGACAUAUCAAAACGUAUACUUCAAUGGACCAGUCUUACCGCAGUCACCGACACAAGGACAUAGGCGCACCCAAAGUGAGAUAGGGACUCCUGGACACAGACGCACAAACAGUUUCCAGAGAUUGAAAACACAGAUGCAAAAGGCUUGGCGUGGCGUCAGCAAUCUGCGUGAGGAUAACCGGCCCACUUUCAAUCCUGAGGUCUUAGCAAACCAAAAAAGACAGUGGUACCAGCUCCACUCUUCAAAAGCUCUGGAUCAAACAAAAUUAAAGGAGCCAACGUCACUGUUUGAACAUUUUAUCAUCGUGGGGCUUCAUCCGGAAACGAAUUUGAGGCCAGUGGAAGAGGCUUUCCGUAGAAGAAAGAAAUGGGAGAUGGAGAUGUCAAGGUAUGAAGUGGCAGAUUACAGAAUACUCCGUCACCGUGGACCUCAAUUUCCAAUAUUGGAGCCACAGAUUCUUUUUAAAUACCCUCCUGGAAAGAAGGUGGCAAUGCGUCCAAAGGAUCUAGCAACUUUCUGCUUUCCUGGUGGUGUCAAGGCACGACUUUUGGAGAGGACCCCAUCUCUCAGUGAUCUAAAUGAGCUUGUGUAUGGACAGGAACAUUUAGGCACAGAUGAUUCAUCGUUCAUAUUUUCGUUCAAGGUAGCAGAUGAUGCGACAUUGUAUGGUGUUUGCUUACAUGUCUCGGAGAUUGUUCAGCGACCCCCUGGUGUAUUAAGCACUGCAUCACCCUUGCAUUCAUCUGGAGGAGGCAGUCGUUUUUUGGUUUCUGCACCUCGAUGUUACUGCUUGCUGACCAGAGUCCCUUUUUUUGAACUACACUUUGAGAUGUUAAACAGUAUGAUUGCACAGGAGCGUCUAAAACGCAUAACCGAAUUUGUUAGUGAGAUGUCUCUUGCUGCUGCAUGCUAUCGUCCAUCAAUAUCCAGGACGAAUGAUCAAAUUGAUAGCCGUGUUUCAUCACCUCGUAGCAACCCUGAUGAUUGGAUGGCUUCUGCAAUACCUGUUGAUGGGGUCAUGGCACUUACAGCCGCAGCUGCGGGAUUGAUCACUGAUAGUGACAUUGCGAAUUUUGCAGAACCUCAAUCUCCAGAUAGUGUUGUCACCAGUGAUACUUCAGAUGUAAGCCAGAUCAAGGAAAUAGAAAGAGACGGGAGAAAAGUUUUCCAUUGUUACGAUGAAAAUUCUCCUGAAGUAUUUGAGAACCACUUGGAUACCCCCGAAAGAACGUCCCAGAGCUAUGACAAUGGCCACACUUCUCCAGAGGUUACAUGUGCUGAUCCUAGGACCCAACCGAUAGAGCGUAAUGAAAGCUGUGAGUCUGUGUUCAGUUCAGCUAGAAGUGUGUUGUCAGAUGAGAUUGAUGAUUUAUCGAAUAGCGAAAAUGAUUUCGGAGAUGAUUUAAUACUGGAAUGGGCUAAGGACCACAACAAUGAUUCGUUACAAUUAGUUUGCGGCUACCAUUCGUUGGCAAUUCCUUCCCGUGGAAGUGAAGUUGUUUUCCACCCCCUGGAACAUUUACAAUCAAUCGCGUAUACCCGCCCUCCAGUUUCAGCCCUAGGAUUGUCAGAAGAAUAUAUUUGCUCUUCUGAUUCUUCCGAGAUAAAUGCAAGGUUGGCAGCUGCUGAGGAGGCCAUGGGUCUCUCAAUGUGGACAACGGCAACAGUUUGUCGUAUUCUCUCUCUUGAAACAAUUAUGUCACUUCUUGCUGGAGUAUUAUUAGAGAAGCAAAUUGUAGUAAUCUGCCCAAAUCUGGGUGUUUUGUCAGCAAUAGUACUGUCUCUUGUCCCAAUGAUUCGGCCAUUUCAGUGGCAGAGUUUAUUGCUUCCGGUUCUGCCUGGAAGGAUGUUUGAUUUCCUUGAGGCACCAGUUCCCUUCCUUGUCGGUAUACACAGUAAACCUAUUGAUUGGAAGGUCAAAACGUCUAAUCUUAUUCUAGUUAACAUCCUCAACAAUCAGGUGAAAAUAUGUAACAUGCCAGCAUUGCCUCAGUGUAGAGAACUUAUGGCUCAGUUGGCUCCAAUCCAUGCAACACUGGCUCAUCAGAGCUCGACAGCUAGAAGACACCCAGUUUAUAAAUGCAAUGAAGUGCAAGCAGAAGCCGCGACUAAAUUUUUGAGAGUAAUGAGAGAUUACAUGGAGUCUCUUUGCUCAGAUUUACACUCUCACACCAUAACAAGUGUUCAAUCUAAUAGCGACAGGGUUUCUCUACUUCUUAAGGACAGUUUUAUCGAUUCGUUUCCUGGUAGAGACCGACCCUUCAUUAAGUUAUUUGUAGACACACAACUGUUUAGUGUUUUAUCAGACUCGAGACUAUCGAGCUUUGAGAACGGGCGUCUCUGAAGCUCAUUUUGUCAUCAACUUAUACAAUACGAAACAAACCAAAGUCAAAUCAUACGAAAAGAAAGAAAAAACAAAAGAGGGUAACUUUACUACCCUAUAUACGCAGAGAGAGGUGAUGGAAUACAAAUGUUUUAACUCAGAUUUGUACUGCAGAAGAAAAGUAAGAAAACAAGAAAACAGAGACAUGCUUAUCGUGUCUGGAUCUCCCUGAUCCUUUUUACCAUUAACAAACUUGUUUGAAAACUUAUUUCCUGCUCUUGUAAAUUAUUAACCACCACUCAAUAGAAAGCUUUUGUUUGUUAUAGUUGUACAGAACACUUGAAAACCCUUUUUGCUUAAUUCAA